CUUCGCUUAAAGAAUAGCCGUGCUGGAGGGUGGUGGCGCUGGAAGGUGGAGGGGAGGGGGCACACUCGGUUCCCCACCGGUCACACGGACCGGACCCACUGUGACCGUCACCAGCACCAGGACGGGGGUCCACAGCAGAGCCGGGAUUCACAGAAGAAGGAACUGAAACUGCCUGGACAGGCAUUGGAACCAGGGAGCGGGGCACGUUGGACCCAACUGGACCGGUGUGGCUGGGACGUGGGCUGGAAGAGUACCGAUAAGAAGGAGGUCGAUAAAAGGACUGUGUGAGGAGCGAAGGAGCAUGAAGGUGGAGGUGGUGGUGGAGGACUCGAGGAGAGUGAGGUGGUUGAUGGCGAGGCUGUUGGUGGUGCUGGGACUAUGCAGGCUUCAUCAAGCGGCACCUAGUGACCCCUGGGGUCAGUGUCCGGUAAGCAGACACUGCCAGGAGAAGUUUGGGGAUGGGACGUGCAACAAAGAGUGUACUGAGCCACGGUGUCUCCUAGACGGCUUGGACUGCCUCAAGGAGAGGGGCAAGUGCAAUCCGGGUCACAUCCAGUACUGCCGGGACCACUACGCCAACUCCCACUGCGAGCAGGGCUGCGAUAGCGCCCCCUGUGGCUGGGACGGCAGCGACUGCUUCACCCACCAGACCCCCGUGUGGGCCAAGGGCACCCUGGUGGUCCACUGUACACACGCGGGCCUCCCCCCUCAGCGAGCCGUGUCCUCCAACAGCUCUCUGCUCUGGGCGCUGAGCGUGUUGCUGCGCACGUCGCUCAAGCUGAGGGCCGUGGCCCCGCUGGCCCCCACCAGGGACAUCCACGCCCUGGACGCCCCCCAGCUGGCGGAGCUGCUGGAGCAGCCCACCGCUGGGGAUGCCGGCGGCUCGGUGCUCUUCCUGCAGGUGGACAACAGGCCAUGCUCCCGCCUCCCUUCCUCCUGCUUCCUGAGUGCGGCCGAGGCGGGGGGCUUCCUGCGAGCCGUGAUUUCAAAGCGGCCGCCAUCGUUCCCUACGCUCACAGAGCUCAGAGCCGUCAUCGAUGUGCGGGGCUUCAAGCAGGAAAUAGGACCAAGGGAGGAGGAAGUGACGAAGGAAACCAAAGAAGCAGUAGACUCCUCCUCCCCCGCGUGGCUCUGGGUGGUCAUCGCCCUCGCGGUGGGCCUGGCGCUGGCCUCGACGCUGGCCGUCCUCCUGGCGGUGAGGCGCUUCAGACGACGGCGGCGGGGCGACCAGCGGUGCCCCGAUCGCGAGGGCGGAGGAGGGGUGGGGACCAGACACCGGUCUACGGCGGCCGGCGACACCAGCAGUGGUGGCGGCGGUGGUGACUCCAAGGCCUGGCACCGCCAGCAGCAGCACUCCGGACGCCAGGAGCCCCGCUCGCGCUCCGGGAAGGAGAGAGAGAGGAACGGCUUGAAGAAGAAGAAGAAAGCGAAGGAGCUGGAGAAGAAGAGGAGGAGGGAGCCGUUGGGCGAGGACGCCAUGCGUAUGAUGAGGCCGCAGAGGGACCUGGACAUAGGGAGUGACACAGACUUCACCCAGAGCUCCAUGGAGGACAUCAACGCCCGCUGCUCGCGCCGCCAGCAAGAGGCGUCCAUCUGCGACCACCGCAGCCAGGAGCAGAAACACUACCGGGCCGGACACACACAGACACCCCGGCCCAUGCAGACUCCCCCUAGAGGCUGGAAGAGAAACAACAUCCCACCUCCCCUCCUCAGUCCUCCGCAGCAGACGGCCCCGGUGCACUGGUGUGGCCCCGACGGCUCCGUGGUCCUGAUCCGGGCGGUGCGCAGCGGUCUGGACCGGGUGGUCCUGGAGCUGCUUCGAGCUGGAGUACCCGUCAACAACACAGACCACACCGGGCGGUCCGCGCUCCACUGGGCAUGCUCCGUGAACCACCUCUCUCUCACCAGGACUCUCAUCCGCUACGGGGCGGCGGUGGACCUUCAGGACAACAAGGGCGAGACUGCCCUGUUCCUGUCCGCCCUCCACGGUUGCUAUGACACCACACGCCUCCUGCUGCUCAACGGGGCCAAUCAGGAGCUGCACGACCGCAGGGGCCGUUGUCCAAUAGACAUGGCCCGAGAGGGCGUGCACCACCAGCUCCUGGAGCUCCUAUUGGCCCACCGGGUGCAGCGAGGACCAAUCACGGUGGAGCCGGUGAAUGACAUGCUGUGGGAGGAGCGGGGGCUGAUGUACUCCCCGUGGGCGGGGUCGGCCGGGAUACCUGGGAGGUCCGCCUCCUUCUCAGGGGUCCUGGGUCACCGAGACAUGACCCCACCGCCACAGAGUGAUUGGUCGGUUGGCCGCGUGCAGUACCCCUCCCCCCAGAACUGGCGCCCGCAACAGCUCAACCAAUCAGCGACGGCGCUGGUCCCCCCGAGGGUGAUGGGCCGCUCGCCGCGCCCCAUCGCCACCCUGGCGGAGGUGACCUCGGAGGACGAGGACCGAGAGCGGCCCCUGGAGGUCCCCAGAGCCGUGACGCCUCACUUCCUGUCCCCGCAGCCCGCCCCCCGCCAGCGCUCCUUCUCCUGUACCCAGCAUGCAUUACAGAGGCACUCCAGCGGCCCCCCCCAGCCGGAGCCCAACUACGUGGUGGUGACGGACGGCCGGCCCCCCAAUGAGGGGGCGGUGGAGAGGGGGGCGGUGAUCCCCCCGCCCCGGGACGUCCCCUCCAUCCCGGACCACCCAGCCACCCUGCAGCACAGCCAGCUCCGGGCCAGGACGGAGGCAGCGGUGGUGGGGUUGGGGAUGGGGUUGGGGGGCUCGUCAGAGCAGAAGAGCAGAUUUGAGGCGCCGGGCAGCCAUGCCAACACCACCCAGACGGCCCUGUAGAACCAGCCCUCCUCAACAACACACAGACACUGUUGAGUUCUACCAAACGCUCAGUUGAGGCUGAAAACCAAAAUUGACUACCAACUAUAGAAGUAGUUCUGACCUGCUAUAAGCUAUUCCAUAUUUCCUGUACUGUGCGGGAGGGGGGGCAGACGCAUCGGUCGGAGCAAGAAAAACAUGAGCUCCCAGGUUUGUCUUGUUCCCAGGCUUCAUGUAAACUGCUUGGAGUUGGAAACAAACCAGAAGGAUAACAACAGCAGGCUUGGCAAACCCAGUUGAAAUUCCUCGUGGUCGCCACUAGUGGGCAGGGUUUCCACAAAAGACACAGAUACAACCUUGAAGUUAUAUGUUUGGGAAUUUUUUUAAAGAUUAACUACAACGACGUUUAGGCCCACCCAAACCUAGAGUACUUUAACGUCCCUGGACAACGGCCAUGAAAAUGAAAUAAUAUGAAUGUAUUUAAUUAUUUCUGUGUAAAAUUUGAGUAAUUUAGAAUCUCAUUACCAGCCCUUAUUGUUAUGAGCCGGUUUGUGGUUCUGCUUCACUGAGACUUUUUUGGCUUGUAAACAUACUUGCAAAUCUCUUUCUUAUUUUACGUUUAGCACUUUUAUUGACCUUCUUUCUUUUAUCUCCCAUAUCUAAAAGUGUAACUUUUUAUUAUUCGUCAGAUUAUAAACACUUAAAUUGGA